AUGGAAUGUGCAAGAUCAGUAAUGUUCCUAUUUUUAUCACAAGUACUACUGCUGGCCUUGUUGAACAUCACUAGUACCAAUGCUUUGCCCCCAGCAUGGGACUUUCCAGCAAUUUACAAUUUUGGGGACUGGAAUUUGGACACUGGUGGUAUCUCUGCUUCAUUUGAACCAAUACAAGCACCUUAUGGUGAGAGCUUCUUCCGGGGACUUGCUGGAAGGUUUUCAGAUGGUCGACUUCUCAUUGACUUCAUCGGUAACAUAACUUCCAAUGACAUCAUUGUCAUUACUCAUACUGAAAUUUACAAAUCAGGGGUGUGUAGUAGAUUGAUUGAUUGUGGAUUACCUUAUUUGACUGAUUUGACACUAUGUCUCAGAGAAGAACAAACUGCGGAGACCUCGCGAAUUUCAAAAUCUCUCCACACAAUUGACAUAGGCCAAACUGAUAUAAUUGCUGGCUUCCACCAGAUGAGUAAUAUACAACUUCGGACAGCCAUACCAGACAUAAUUAACCAGUUUUCUGCAGCAGUAACGCGUCUAUAUCAACUAGGAGUGAGGGCAUUCUGGAUACAUAACACGGGUCCAAUUGGUUGCUUACCAACAGCCACAUUUGACCUCAGAAAUCCAAAACCAGGUGUUCUUGAUAAAUAUGGAUGCUUAAAGAGCCAUAAUGAGGUGGCCUUAGAGUUCAAUAGACAGCUGAAAUCCAGGAUAAGAACACUGAGAGCAGAUCUUGGGCAUGCUGCUAUAACAUAUGUGGAUGUCUAUGCUGCCAAGUAUGAAUUGAUCAGCAAUGCCAAGAGCGAAGGUUACAUAAGCUGGGUUGGAGUACAUUACUCACAAGCUGCUAAUCAUUGGGUUGCCAGUCAUAUACUUAAUGGCAGUUACUCUGACCCUCACAUUCCCAUAACACAUGCGUGUCAUAAACGUCUUCACUAUUAGGAAUCU